AUGAGUUCUUACGAAUUUAACAUUUGUUUUGGUUAUUGCGUUAUCGCAAAAUUUUGUUGGAAGGAUCAGGCACUUAGUAUCAGGCGCUUUUGUCAAGCAUUACAUUUAGCUGCCUGUUUAGAAACACCUAGCUUUUUUGCAUCUAAGCCUAAAGUGCUUGGCGUUUUUGUGCCCACAAGCAUGGGAAUUGCAAUGUCUACUCACAACGUAUUAUGUAGAGCUAAAGCUCUUUAA